GUCCCCGUGUGCGCCACAGAACACCUGAGGCUCAGAGAAAAGCCCAGACAGGAGCUCUCACUCGGAGUAUGGCACGUCUCCAGGGACAUGUAAAGUUAUUAGGUUCAGAUUAAACUAGUUUGGAAGUUAAUUUGUGGUUCUCUGUGGGUCCAAACCUGAUGUAGCCACACUAAACAUCCAUUUACAGUUACACAUGGGAAAACAGCUGUCAUUUGUCAAAACUGCACUCUCCUCCGUGUUAAUCAUUCUCCAAAGCGGAAGAGGCGCUCUGAGGUGACGGCGCUGGGAGUGACACCUCUGCGCCACACCACGCGAUCCUCACAAAGUUACCGACAGCGGCCCACGGGAACACCACAGCCAAACGGGGCCAAACCGGGGCCGAAACUGCGUCUUUCCCGGGACAGGAGGCACCGACAAUCCGAGGGGGAACUGCCCGAAGCUGAGCAAGAGCUGGAGGCGCCUGGAGCCCGUGGAGCAGAGUCCACGGAGCCGCGCAUUCCAGCGGAGAAGCUGAUGCUCUGCUCCCCUGGUUGUGGGUGCGAUGGCCAGCCUGCCGCUCGCCCCAGGGCAGCCCUACGUGGAGGUGGAGUACGAUUACGAGUACAAGUCCAAGGACCGGCUCAUCUCCAUCCGGUCUGGUGACUGUUUCCUGCUCGUGAAGAAGACCAACGAGGACUGGUGGCAGGUGCGGCGCGACGAAGGCUCUAAACCCUUUUAUGUCCCGGCGCAGUAUGUCCGCGAAGUCCGCAAGGCGCUCAUGCCACCGGGACAUGCCCCUUCUGCCCUGGGACACGCUCCCUCUGCUCCAGGACACGCCCCCUCUGCCCCGCCCAAGCCUACACAAGGACACUCUCCCUCUCAGACUGGACAGCCCCCUUCUCAGACGGGGCGGGUCUGGGUUAAACCAGUCGCUCUGGAACUGCCCAGUGAGAAUCUGAGUCGGAGGGAAUCGCACUCGCGGCGCUCUUCUUCAGGGCAGAGGGGGGACAGUCCCCUCCACAGCCCGACCUCAGGGCCUGUCUCUGGGCUAUCGGUCUCAGAGAGGGGCCCCGAGGCGCCGGCGCCCCUCAGACGCAGCAGCAGCAGUAUGCUGCCUCCCUCCACGGGGCGCUCUCCAGAGCUGCAGCGAGAACCUCUGGAUGUAGACAGUCAUCAGAACGAGUCCUGGAGUCACGAGUCCGAGUCUGACCUGAGCUCCAGCUCCACUGAGCAGCUGCAAGUCAGACACAACGAGACAGGUCCAGACUCCCUCCACACAAACCUGCAGGAGUUGAGGCUGAGUGGGUCGGCAGUGCCCCCCCUGCCUUCAGGUGCACCCCUGUCGUCCUGUGGGGACUGGGACACUCAUCGGGACCCGAGCGGUCGUCUCUUCUAUGUGAACCAGAGCUCUGGGGAGCGCACUUGGAAACCUCCGCGUGCCCGAGAGCAGGGAGGUGGGGUUAGGGUGGGUGGAGAGUGGGUGAAGCCCGAGGAUGACCGGGGGCGGCCAUUAUAUUUGACUGCAGAUGCCUCCAGAUCUGAGUGGGAGCUGCCCAAGUUGAACAACUCGCCUCCUCACCUGAACACAGAGAUUUCUAAAACACGGAGUCUGGACCGUCGAGGCGUCGAUCCCAUCGUCCUGACCAAGUGGAGACACAGCACCCACAUCCCUGAGCACAAUGAGAAGCCAUCUGAAAAGUGUGCCAUUCUGAACAUGACCAAGAUCACUGAGAAUGGAAAGAAAGUCAGGAAAAACUGGACAUCUUCGUGGACAGUGCUCCAGGGCUCCACGUUGCUGUUCACCAAAGGACAGGCAGGGGGCAGCAGCUGGUUUGGGGGCCAGUCUAAACCAGAGCUGACUGUGGAUCUGAGGGGAGCGUCUGUGGACUGGGCACCUAAAGACCGCUCCAGUAAAAAGCACGUGGUGGAGCUGAAGACUCGUCAGGGCACUGAGCUCCUGAUCCAGUCUGACAACGAAAACCUGGUGCAGGACUGGCUCCAGGCUCUGCAGGACACCAUCUGUGCGCACGCGUGGGAAUCUGACGAGGGAAUGGACGACGACCGGCCCGAGUCUUCAGAUCAAGAAGACAAAAAUGACAAAGAGAAGGAGCACAGGGACUCCAAGAAAGACAAAGGCAUGAAGAACAGCAGCAGCCUGGACGUGUCCGAGCACAAGACCCGACGCAAACUCAAGAAAUUCCUAACGCGCCGCCCUACUCUGCAGGCAGUCAAGGACAAAGGCUAUAUCAAAGACCAGGUGUUUGGCUGCAGUCUGUCCAGUCUGUGCAAAAGGGAAAACUCCACCGUGCCGCGAUUCGUCAAACUCUGCAUCGAACAUGUGGAGACCAGCGGUCUGAGCAUGGACGGUCUGUACAGAGUCAGUGGGAACCUGGCUGUCAUCCAGAAACUACGCUUUGCUGUCAACCACGAUGAGAAGGUGAACCUGUCGGACAGUAAAUGGGAGGACGUCCACGUCACGACUGGAGCUCUGAAGAUGUUCUUCAGAGACCUGCCAGAGCCUUUGUUUCCCUACAACCUGUUCCAUGACUUCAUCAGCGCGAUCAAGAGUCCAGACUACAGACAGCGAGUUCAGUCCAUCAAAGAUCUGAUCAAACAGCUGCCCAAACCCAACCACGACACCAUGCAAGCUCUGUUCAAGCACCUACGCAAAGUGGUGGACCAUGGGGAGGAUAACCGCAUGACGAUCCAGAGCGUGGCCAUCGUGUUCGGCCCCACGUUGCUGCGACCAGAGACAGAAGUGUGGAACAUGGCUGUGCACAUGGUCUACCAGAACCAGAUCGUGGAGCUCAUCCUCAUCGAGUGUGAGAGCAUCUUUGGGAGGUAGACCGGAACUACACUAAGAACGGGAUUCAAACCGGAACUACACCAAGAUAAGAAUUCAGACUGGAACUACUCCAAGACCGGGAUUCAGACCAAAACUACACCAAGACCGGGAUUCAGAUUGUAAUUCAGACUGAAACAACACCAAGAAUGGGAUUUAGACCACCAUCCACUUCAGGAUCAAACCAGAAACAGCACAUUUUACUUUCACUCCACACUGGACUAAACAAGGACUAAACAAGGACUAAACAAGGACUAAACCAGGGCUACACCAGGGCUACACCAGGGCUACACCAGGACUUGUGCUGAAAAUAUGUCAGAAUAGUUGUUACUGAUGCCUGUAUCACCUCUGUUUGGAAACCACUACUCUUUAUGGCUAUGGCUCUUUAUCUCUUUCCUGCUUUAGAGACACUUCUGGACACUGCAGUCUGCACCAGGAUUGGGAUUCAGACCAGGAUUCAGUCCAGGAUCAAACCAGAAACUGCACAUUUUGACUUGCUCUUCAAAUUUUUCUGCAAUCUCAAUCUUGAACCAAUAGAUUUUUACAGGUAUUUACAAAAGAAAUGCUGGAAUACAAGAAACAGACUUAUUUCUACAUGUUGAUAUUUUGUAUUUUUGGGUUAAAGUUCUGGAAACGUGUUCAACUUUGAAUGUGCUGUACCUAAUUUUUACAGUCUUGAAAACUUGAAAAAAACAGGACUAGUCAAUUUUAAACUGUAAAUGUAUUCCUCACAUUCCUAAUGCAUUCCAGGCAUCAAAAUUAUCCACCCGAAUGGUCAGAGCAGAGUUUGCACAUCAUGCCACUGCUAACAGCAACUAGCAUGCUAACUGUAUUCUAAGCUUGACAUGGGGCUCAUGCCUGGAGUCAACCAAGACAUAAAAAAGGACUUAAGAGAGGAGAAAAGAGUUCAUUUGCAAAAACACAAGUACCAUUUGAACAAAACAAGACUUUUAACGGACUCUUUGUCUAGCAGUGUUCUCAAAAAAUCCAUUGCCCCUAAACAACGUCACUCAGCUGUCUUAACAAUAACAUUAAUAUAUGUAGAAGAUGGUAACAAAAAAGUGACAUGUUUUCAAAAUGGUGAAAUCUGUUUUUACAAAUGAUCUCUGAACAAACUAAGCCAAGUUUAGGCAAGUACCAAGUCACAUUAAGACCGUAAUUCAACCAGGACGAGACCAGAACUAGACCAGGACUUCACCGGGACUUCACCGCACCGGGACUACACCGGGACUACACCGGGACUACACCGGGACUACACCGGGACUACACUGGGACUACACUGGGACUACACCGGGACUACACCAGGACUACACCAGGACUUGUUCUAAAAAUAUGUCACAGUACCCAUUACUCCAGUGCUGUCUGUGUCCUGCUCUAGAGACACUUCUCUUGGACACUACAGUCUGGUUCUGCUGUAGACUUGUGUUUUGGACUUUAUGAAUAAGUCAAAGGGCAAACCCAAGAUGGCGGAGUUCAUGCUUUUGUUCAACUGCUGGUCAAACUCAUACUAAAGAGGGCUGUCUUUAUCUAUAGCACAAGAUAAACCUCAACAAAGAAACACAGGAUUUGUCUCUUUGAACAGACGCACAUGAGUAAAAAAGGAAGAGACAUUAGGCUGUGUUUACACAAUCAUGUGAAAAAUAUUUUUAUUACCUAGAUUUUACAAAAAUGAAAUGAAAAUUUGUAAACUUUACAUUAACCUUCAUUGGCCCUCACUAUGAAUUUUAAAAUCUUAAAAACAAUAUCACCAUGUUUUAUCAUUAUGUUAUCGGACACAGCAGCAAGGAAAAUAUUGGUUGGUUUAAUUAGAUCUGUAGUAGUAUGAAAUCAGGAUAAAGUCUGGCGAAAGCAAGGACAAAGCUGGAACCUCAACACAACAAAACACAUUACAGCUGGGAUUAAUCUGAAAGAACCAACACUGGUGACACAUGAGAACAAGAAGAAGAGUGGUGAGAGAAGCUCCAAAUAAGAGCCUUUAUCUUAUCAGUGUAAAAACUACUACUACUGCAAAUACUACUACUGCUAAUAUUACUCUUACUAUUAUCACUACUAAUAUUACUACUACUACUACUGCCAUUACUACUGCUAAUACUACUACUGAUGCCACUACUACAACCAUCACUACAGGCAGUCAUUAUUGUGUUUCUUGACCACAAUGAUACAAAUGUGAAGCCAGUACGACCUGUAUUAUCUCUGAUCUAAUUCUCUGAACAAGGCACGAACUGCGAUUGGUAUUUUGUUUAAAAAAUGUAUUUUUAAAUGUUUAUUAUUAAUAUGUGUACAGUGUUUAUGUGGGGGAGGGAGAACAAAUGAAUGAUAAUGAUAUUGUACAAAUGCAGAUUUUGUGCGACUGUGGAAGCAUAGGGAAGCCAGCGUCGGCCACAAGUCAAUAAAUGUUUUAUGAAUUAA